CAGCGGUACUGCCUUGCAUGUAUUGACAGUUCUUGCGAAUUCCCUAUGAAGGCGCGAUGUAAAAGCCCAUGACGCAUCAUGAAGGCCGAGGUUGAGGUUAAAGGAGGGAUUUACAAGGGCCGGCUGUCAGUAACAAUGUAGUACGGGUUCGUCGGUGCAAGGAACAUGUUUUCUGUAGGAACUGGAGAUGCUGAGCGACAUGGUUCACCUUUAUAUUCUACAAAUGGAAAUCUUUCACGGGAAAAGAAGAAAAAUCAGAACACUCCCUACAGUCCCGUUGUCAUGGUUUUACAACCUCGUUCUUCUCCGAAUUACACCACACCGCUGAGAUGCAAGGAUUUUUAUUGUAGUUCUAAUGCUGUUUGUCGAAUUUGUCACGAAGAGGACUCUCCUGAAUCGCUCAUUUCACCAUGUAACUGCAUGGGUAGCUUGGGACGCAUGCAUAGAAAAUGUCUUGAAAAGUGGCUGUCAAUGUCAAAUUCAGAUAGAUGUGAAAUAUGCAAAUACAGAUUUCAUGUUACCUAUCGUACACGGCAUAUUGGUCAGUGGCUUCUCUCCGAUGGUGUAAUGGGUCCAAAAUGUUUUCUUGGUGACAUGAUUUGUUUAUUAGUUCUUCUGCCAUUGAGUAUUAUGUCUGUUUACCUGUGUGCCUUUGCUGCUCAUAGCUACAUGAAUAAGCAUGAAUGGCAAGCCACAGGGCUAGCUUUGCUCUGCUUGAUUUUACUCAUUGCGUUCGUUAUUUGGAGUGGACUUACAUUCAGAUUCCACUAUCUGAGAUUUCGUGAUUGGCAACGAUCUAAUUUGAUAGUGCAAGUAAUAGUCAGUCCAAAAGUGCAACAUUCCAUUGAAACUAAGAAUGAAGAGAGAACACAUAAUACUCCAGAAAAUCAUACUUCUGUUCCAGAGGCAGAUCUUGAUUACAGUAUUGAUGUGAAUGCGUUGGCUCUGAGUCUUAAUAGUCUUGGAAUGGUGGAGACAAGGCUUUAAAAGGGGUGAAGAUUGUCUUAUGAAAGACUCAUCAUAGUCAUGGACUAUAAUGAAUAUGCAUAUCAGUGCAAGAUAUUUUUCUAGUUUUGUGAUGAAGAUAAGUAAUAGUAGUACUGUUUAUAUUUUGUCAUAUUGUUUCUAUAUGAAAGUAUUACUAUUUCAAGCAUGUACAAACAACUUUUAAUAUAUUUUAAAUUUUACUUAUUUACCAGACUGUUAAAUAUUGUACUUCACAUAGCAGCUAUUUUUAGAAGCACAAUUGUAGUUUUAAUGACCCAGUAAUAGUAAUGUGAUAUUAUAUCUGAACUUUAAGGUCUCUCUACCACUGUGAUAAUUAUGUGUUAAGUGUCUUUCUGAAAUCAAGAGAUUUCAAGCAAUAUGUAAAUUAAAUUUAUUUGAAUCACUAUUUCCCUUCAUAGUUGAAUAUUGUUUUAGUUCUCUGUAUAUUUUUAAUUUUAAAGCUGUUCAUUACCAAAGAAUGAUGUAUUAGUCUCACUAAACUAGUCAUGAACUUGUGCCUUCACUACAUCAGAUAGUUUUGUGUAUUCCAUUUUAUCUUUGUUUCCCAUGAAUGUUUUUAAAUGUAUUUUAAAUAAAGAUUUUUAAAUGGAUCUGUGAAGCCAGAGAGCAAGAACGAUUUGUGUAUAUAGUACAUUUGCCUGGAAUCUAUUUUAUUAUUGUGUAUGGAUAAAGACAUUAAAUUUAUUGUUCAAAACAUUUUUUUUUAUCCUUUGCUACUUUUAUUUUCCCCAUUCUGAAUUGGGAAUAACUCAGUGUUUUUGUAAAAGGGGAGAAUAGUCAUUCAAUUUUACCUGACAUUACACCACUACUACUAAGGCCUAGAGCAGGCUGUUAGAAGCAUAUAAAUAUAAUGGAAUAUGCUAACCUUUUUCAAAAGGAAAACUUCUACAAUUUCAUAUAUCAUGAUAAUUUGAAAAAGCUUAAAGCAGCUAAUGUCCUCUCGACUAUUAGGAGGUAAUCUCUGAAUAAAACUACUAAUGAGUGAACAUUGAGAUGACAAGCUUGUGGUAAUAUACAUUAAUGUACAGGUUGGGCAAAAUACAUUAAAUUUAGUAUUAAAAUACUUUGUAAAUAAGUAUUUAAAUUCAUACUGAAUUACAUUAGGUUUUUGCCAAACGUAUACAUAUUUAAAAUACUUACAAAACAAUUGUAUGUUCAGUAUAGUAUCUUUUUUUGUUGCAACAAUAUAUUGUAAUUGUCAACUACAAUAAAUUAGUAAUUGGCAGUUGUACACACUUCUGUGCAAUAACUAACUAUA